AUGUCAAUCCGAAGCUCAGUAAUAAUCCUACUGUAUAGCACUAAAAACAUAAAACAAACAUUGAUACCAACAAAUUCGAAUAAUAAUCGCGAUAUAUUCCGAUCGAAGCCCUUCGAUGAUGCAACACAUAUACUUAUUCUUUUAGUAAUACUGGUUCCAGUGGCUUUUACCGUUAUUCUUUGUACUCUUAUAUAUUGUAUUUAUCGUUACAAUAGAAAACGAUCCCAAAGCGCACCAACCGAUUCUCCCAUUGUAUCUACCGGUCAUGCCAGUGCUCCUAUUGCCACGGUUAUCUAUAAUGCUCAUCACAGUCCGUUUAUGUUCGAAGAAGCACCUCCAUCGUAUGAUUCGUUAGGAGAUGCUAAAAAAGAUCUUCAUCAAAUAACAACAAAUGAACAAGUGCAAGUAACAAUACCAUCACUAACAACAAUUACGACUGCUGAACAAAUUCCACCUCCAGCAUACAUUCAUUUGAACGAGCCAGGCAAAUGA